ACACACACUCCAUUUUGACAUCAAACACAAUCAUGGCAACUGCCAGACACUUCAUCUUCUCAGUGCUCGUCGGGAGCAUAACUCUUGUGGGAGCUUAUGUUGAAGAACUCGAUGACAGAUUUAAUGAGCUGCGUCAGAGUGAGCCCUGGCUGGUGGAAUUUUAUGCUCCCUGGUGUGAUUACUGUAAGACGUUCGAGCCAGUAUGGUACGAUGCUGCGGCCGAGCUGAAGAGUCAGGGCUCUCACGUCAAUGUGGGCAAAAUCGACACCACUGUCUACAGCGAUGCUGUUACAGAGUUUAAUAUCCGUGGAUAUCCAUCUAUAAUCUUUAUAAAAGAAGAUAAGUAUUUUCACUACAACGGCCCAAGAACAAAAGAUGCCAUCCUUGAAUUCACCAACAGAGUCUCCGGCCCCUCUGUGCGAGCUCUGACCAGCGAGCGUCUCUUCCAGCACGCCCUAAACCGCCAUCAGCUGCUCUUUGUUUACAUCGGAGGGAGGUCACCUCUUAAGGGUCAGUUUUAUAAAGUGGCGUCAGAAUUUGUCAUCCACAACUACUUUUUCUCCGCCACCGUGGAUGUUGUACCUCAGACGGUCAAAUUGCAAGACGUUCCCUCGGUCCUGGUGUUCAAAGACGGAUCGUACGACGUCUACGACGAGAUACGCGAUGUCAAUCUGUCCUCCUGGGUGGACCGGGAACGUUUUCCUCGUUAUUUCCUGAUGGACAGCUUCUCUUUGUACCAGAUGGGUGAACGAACUAAACUUGUAGCUGUAGCUGUCGUGGAUGAGAGAAAUCCGUCUCCAGAAAGUUUUCGGUGUAAGAGCCUUGUGGAAAAGGUGGCCAGAGAAUACAGCGACCAGUACAGCACGAAGUUUCAGUUUGGCUACGUGGAUGGAAACGACUACAUCAAUGGCGUCAUUAUGGGCGAGUUGCCCUUGCCUUCUUUUAUCGUGAUGAACAUGUCCAUUGAUGGAUACUAUCUCCCUGAAUCUACAGUCGAUACCGUUGAAGAUUUUCUCCGGUUCCUUAAUAGCAUCCUGACUGGAAGAUCUCAGUUACUCGGAGGGAACGGGUUCAUGCGGCAGAUAAAGAGACUUUAUUAUCGUGCGACGUCUGCUUUAAAGGCGAGUUUCGCAUCGGCUCCCUUUCGUACAUGUUUUCUUAUUUCCUUGCCGUUGGUCGUGAUUGGAUUUAUCGUCAUGGGAAUCUGCACGUCUGAGCAUGUGGAUAAUGAAAAAGCAGACGAUGGCACUCGUCCUGCGGUCACUCACAGGAAAAGAGCAGCAGUGAAACGCUCAGAAGCCAAGAAAAAAGAUUAACAUGACAGUGGCUGUCAGCCCUGGUGCUCGACUGACAUUAUAUUUUACUGCUUUUUCUGCUCCAACACACACACACACACACACACUGAUUCAGCAAAGGGCUGUUAGCUAGACAAAUUAGUUUAAUUAUCUGUAUUAAGCAGCAACAGGGCUGGGCAGCAGUGCGUUUGCAAUAUUAAAAUUCAUUAAUAAUUUAUGUUCAAAGAAUAAUAAUAAUAAUAGUAAUAAUAAUGAUAAUAAUACAUAUUCCUUUGGUUGUUUAAUAAAGAAAUGUUUUUUGUCAUCAUGCUCCACUACAGAAAGGAAUAAAACAUGAUGAUAUAAGAAAACAAUCAACGACAUGGUGGAGUAAUGAAGCAGACCUUCAUGUAAAACUAGACAAUUACCAAACUCUAGCAUGUUUUAUUUAAGAACGACACAUCACCCUUUUUAAUUUUUUUUUAAAAAUCCAUUUAUAGUUCCGUUUAACGUUGCGGAACAACCACACAGCGAGGUACUUCCUGUUCCGCUUUGCUUUUUUCGCUCACAACACUUGCUAAUUUACUAGCCACUUCAGAGCAAAACUGUUCUUAUGGUGUUGUUAUUUUAACCUUAUGAUGUGGUUUGUAAAAAUACUGUUUCAUUAUACUGUAUAUACUUCACACAAACUGUCUGUGUGUGUGUGUGCGUCGCAUACCUACCUUUUUAUUAUGGAGGAUAGGAGACAGGAUGGAGGUCGGUUUUGGACGCUAAAAAUGGAAAUACGUGUUUUUCGAGCAUUUAGAUCGUUUUUAUGUCAGCAUAUGAUUUUUUUUUCUGAUAUUUGCUUUUAUUUAUCUUAACUACUAAUAUGGUAUUUGAUGUGAUUUCAAAAGUAAUAAGGAAGGAACUGGGAAAAUAAAAUCCUCACUAAUGUAGCUAGGUUAUAAAUUUCAUUUCUUUUGGCUUGGUAAAUUUUGUCCAAGUUGUGGGAAAAGGUUUUCACUUUU